AUUGUCUUUGAAAAGAGUAUGAUUCAUUUCCUCUAUUACAGACCCAUUUCCAUCCCUUUCUCCUUCUCUCCCUUUCUCUCUCUGAACAUCGAUUGACUGAUAACCUAAGGGCACUCAAGGCUGCUGAAAAUGCCAAAGAACCAAGCUUGGCCUUGGUUUCCACCACCUAAUUCAAGAUAGAUUCCAGAGGCCCUAACAAGAAUCGCAUAGAGCAACACAACUAGCUUCCAUUUCUUUAAUAGGAAAUUCAUCUUAUUUUGGUGCAAGUUUUAUCUCUUUAUUUUGGGGUUAGGUUCUUGAUUUCUGAAGGAGACAUAUCAGAUUCAUAAAAGGAAAUCAUUUCCUCCGUAUAUUGAUUCAUGGAAUCUCUGCAUCAAGCUAUCAUUCCUGGGUUGCCUGACGACUUGGCAUUGAGAUGUCUGGCAAAGCUUUCUCAUGGAUACCGUGGACUGGUUGAAAGUGUUUCGAAGACGUGGAGAGAUUUGAUCCGAAGCUCCGAAUAUGCCAACUAUAAAGCUAGAGAACGAUUGUGUGGCAACUGGUUGUUUGUUUUGACUGAAUGCUCCAACAAUGAGUGGGUUGCUUAUGAUCCUGAAGCUGAUAGGUGGCAUCCUUUGCCGAAGAUUCCAUCUGUCCAUGCUGAGGGGAAACAGUAUGGGUUUUCAUGUAUUAGUGUUUGCAGUCGGUUUUUCGUAAUUGGAGGUUCCUAUUCUCGGGAUAAUCCUGCAUUUCCCCAUCAGAGGCCUUUGGUAACAAAUGAGGUCAUGCAGUUUGAUCCGUUUAAGAAACAAUGGACCAAUGUGGCAAGCAUGAUUACUCCCCGCUCUCACUUUGCAUGUAGCGUUGUAUCUGGUAAGAUUUAUGUUGCUGGGGGACGUAACUUAUCUUGCACCAGAGGGCUUGCUCUUGCUGAGGUCUAUGAUCCAGUGGCUGACAAAUGGGAGGAGUUGCCACCAAUGCCCCAUGCCCAGAUGGACUGCUUAGGAUUAUCCUAUAAAGGGAAAUUUCAUGUUCUUAGCGACCAAGUGGGCCUGCCAGACCAAAAUACCUCUGAGGUUUUUAGCCUAUCUGAUGGAACAUGGUGCACAAUGGAAGACGUUUGGCCUUUUCCAAGGGCAAUGCAAUUUGCAGUUCAGGUGAUAGGAGAUAAUCGAGUGUAUACUGUUGUAGAUUGGGGUGAGAGCUUUAUUAAAACAAGAGAUACUGAAAAAGGAGAGUGGUACAACAUAGGCUCAGUUCCAUCUGUGGUUCUUCCUGAUCAUUGUCGGCAGCUGGAGGCUUUUGGUUAUGGUUUUACUGCCUUACAAAAUGAAUUAUAUGUCCUAGGAGGGAAGGCUCUCAAGUGGGAACAAUCUGGUGCUGGGAGGUUUGACAUUGUCAAGUUGGAUGUGGUGAGGGUCUGUAACCCCUUGGUUAAGCCAUUAAAAUGGAGGGAAACCAGACCCAUGAUUGGGUCAGCUCGUGGCACUGUCAUAGGGUGUGCAUCCAUGGAAGAAGAAUCUUCAUGUGACCAAGGCUUUAUUCUGUCCUUUCAUAGUAUAAAACAGGGCCAUAACCUUGCUUUGAGGAGAGACACUAGCAUCAACUACAAACAUUUCAAAAACCAUGUCUCACAUAGAGGAGAUAAUGCAUACCUGCUAGGUGUUCCCGAAGAACAAUGAGAACUUUGUCCAAAAAGCCGAGCAGCCGAAAUUUGACAAAGGUGAUGAUCGUGGUUUUUGGACAAAAGAAUCUUGUACUGUACUCUUUGCCAAAUUGAAUGGUUGGUUUUAGUUCUUCCUUAUUUGUAACAGCACUCUCUUUUGUGUCAUUAUGAACAAUGUAUUACAUGCAAUCAAGCGUAUUAUCCAUGAACAUUGCUUCCAACUGCAA